AUGUUAGAAAUAUUUUCUGCAACAAAAAAACUAAAGGAAAUUGACUCUGCCCGUGCACGGUCAACAAGUGCACUCUAUGGCCAUGCUUCUGGGGAAGGAGAAGAAGAUGAUGAAGAGGGAGGGUUUCUAUCUCGGAUUUCCUUACGAAAAAAUAAAAGUCGAUCAGAAGAUAGUUCUAAUUCCGGGAAGUCUUCCAGUAGAAAUAGUUUAAACAGUACAGAAAGUCAGGAACAUUUCAAGGAAGGUUUGAAAGGACGAAGGUCAUCCGUUGAAAAUUCAGAGCCGAGUGUGGAUCUUGAAGCUGUGGCCAAAACUGAGGCACUUAAUACAGAUGCUGCAAAAUUCAAAAUCUCUGUUCGACCAAAAGGAAGAAAAGGAAGUCGGCAAAGUCGUAAGAGUCGACAGAAGGUUGCCUCCAACUUGCCAUGCUUAAAUGAAGAGCAACAAACAUUUACAAGUCCGUCCUUGAAUAAAGAUGAUGUAGAAGAAAUUCCACCAAAAGUGGAAACUGAGAUUUUUCCUCCAAAAGAAGAAAUAACAGAACCUGUUGCAAAAAAGAAGAGAGAACAAAGGAUUCCACUUGAGGAUUUACCUCCAAAACCCAGACCCAAAUCUACACCAGUGACAAUUCAUUCUACUGAAGAAACCCAUCAGAUAUCAAAUACAGUGAUUGCCACACCCACAAAAAAUGAUUCUUCCAAGCAUUCCAAAGAACCCUUUUCUGAUGAAGUUAAUACAGUAGCUACUAGUUCUAAGAUGACUGUUGACAGUCCCACAAAAACCACCACAAAGGUGGUGUCUGAGCCUGCAAAACAAUCAUUGGCUCCAAAAUUGAAAUCAUUUGAGCAGACCUCCUCAGCUGCCAAUGAGAUUGCUGGUUCCGGAAUAGACGUAACUCAGAAUAAUACCAAUCGGCUUUCUGCUUUAUUUGAGGCAAAGAGUGUUGCAGCAUCCCAUGUCGACCCAGGAACAACCGUCAAGAUUGAGGUUAUUGCAAAAGAUGACAGUAGUGAGCAGAAGACUGUAAAACUCAGAGAAAAGGGGAAGAGUACAGAGAAGAUAUCUGAACUUUCUUCAAGACAAUCCAAGGUUUUGGAUUUGGUAAAAAAUUUUCAGAAACUGCAAGCUACCUAA